ACAUAAUAUAAUAUUAGGUGAAAAGGCCCAAAGCGUUUCCGGACUACUUAUUUUAUUUCCAACUUCCGGAUGUCUUGGUUUUCAAACGGAGUUUCGGCCUUUAAACACACAUUAAGCGGUUGGCCUAUGUAAGACUUGAUGCAGACUGUGAAACAGAUAAAACAAGUUCUUUCACAGGAAGUCAACAUCGUUUUACCCAAACGUGAAGGCUUCAAGAACUCAUCUGGCAUGUCGUUGGUUGAUCUUGGUAAACGCCUGCUGGAUGCAGCCAAGCGUGGUGAGACGGAAGAAGUUCGCACUCUAAUGUCAAAUGGGGCACCAUUCACUACUGACUGGCUUGGUACGUCUCCACUCCACUUUGCUACACAAUAUGGUCACAUAGAGACUGCGGAGAUAUUACUGCGGGCGGGCAUCAGUCGAGAUGCACGGACGAAGGUGGACCGUACUCCACUGCACGUGGCCGCUCAGGAAGGCCACGUAGACAUUGUGGAGCUCCUCAUCACACACGCUGCUGACAUUGAUGCCAAAGACAUGCUAAAAAUGACGCCUUUACAUUGGGCAACAGAAAAAGGUCAUCUUGGUGUUAUAGAAUCUCUGGUCAGACACGGGGCGGAUACAAGUUGUGACAACAAGUUUGACAAAACACCUCUAGAUAUUGCCGUCUCCAACGGUCGGUCAGAUAUAGCACAGAUGUUACAGUUAGCACAGCAUACAGAAAUACAGGGUCUAGAAGAGGGAGAAUCUGUCACCAUAGAAACGACAGAGGUGGAGGCUGAUGCCAUAGAAACGGUUACUGUGACAACAUCUGACACUCUGCAGUCUGAAGUUGAAAAUAAAGAUGUCCUCCCUGUGAAUCUGUAUCACAACAUCGCCAAGACUUCUAAAGACACCAAGAGUUCAGACAAUUCUUCUGUCCUAGCAACAUUAGCAGCACUGGCAGAGGCUACAGCCCCAGGAACCACCACUCAAGGUGUGAAUAGCAACGAUGCCCUGAGUUGGUUGGAGAGUCAAGGAAUCACAAUGAUCACUACGUCUGAGGGAGGAAUGAUCACAUCGGCCGUGGAGAGUGGGCAGACCAUCACACUGACAGAAGCAGGGAAAGAUUGCUCUAAAUCUAAUCAAACAACAAGGUUUACAAGAAACAGAAGCGACAGAAAUCACAGAGGAGGAGACAGUAGGACUGGAAACAGAGGAACAGGUGAGACUUGUUGUCUGUCACAUAAAGUUAUAACCAUAGUAGCGGGUGCUGACCAAUCGGAGUUGACUGCUGAGGAGACGACGGUGCUGGAGGAGAUCGCAGGCGGAGGAGCAGGGGACGCAACUCUUACUGUAGACACCACAGAGGAACCCCCAGCCAAACGCCAAAGGACCGAUGAGGAGGAGGGAGGAGAUUCAGCAUCAGUCGACAUACAGAAACUGCUCGAUAACAAAGAAAGUCUGGAGAGCCUGGAUAAGGAUGCGUUACGUAAACAACUGGAGGAGAUUCAGAAACAGGCGGAGAAUUACAAACAGCAGCUGAAACAGAAGGAGGAGGAGGCAGAGGAAUACAAGAAAAAACUCAACCAAAUUGGCACCACCAAGGAGACACCGUGAUCGUGUUAGGAAACUCAUCUCAUUAUGGGGAGAUAAUCCCCAAAGCAAAAUUUUAUCCUUGUCUCAUUCAUUGUCUUGCUGUUGAGGACAGUCCUGUGCUGCCUCGUCUUGUUGUCGAGAACAGUCCUGUGCUGCCUCAUCUUGUUGUCGAGAACAGUCCUGUGCUGACUCGUCUCGUUGUCUGGGACAGUCCUUGCUACAUCGUCUCGUUGUCAAGGACAGUCCUUGCUACAUCGUCUCGUUGUCAAGGACAGUCCUGUUUGCAUCGUCUCGUUGUCGAGGACAGUUCUGUGCUACAGCGUAGCUACCAGUGCGCGGGUACUUAAGUAGACCUGCUGUUCAUUUCCAGGAUCUCAAAAAGAUGUUUCCAAGUAGGGAGAACAAUGAAUUUGUUAACAUUUGGGAGGACUCAUUGACGGAGAGACUUAUUGAUAUUAGGCAGCUGCGAAAAGAUAAUUUAUCCCGAGUUAAUCCUGGAUAAUCACGUAAAAUAGUUAUCUUAUUUGGGGGCUCUGAAAAUGGAAACGAAAUAUCUAUAGAAUGGUCGCGAGUGCUGGAGAAAAUGAUGCUUUUUAAAUGGUAUUUGUUUUCGAGAAUAACUUCUCUUAGUGUUACACAAUAAACCUGUCCCCUUCAUACAUUGUAGGGUAGAUAUUUUACUGGAAUAACCUUUAGGAGGGACACCAGGCCUAAUAGCAAGGGAGAUAAUAAGUUUAGUGAGUACCGCUAGUUUUAGUUGGUAACCUAUAGUAUUGGUACAAAAGUAAAAUUUAUGUGUAUAGCUCAUGAUCAUUGAUCAAAGAGAGAUAAUUUAGCGAAACUUAUUGAUCAAAGGGAGAUAAUUUAGCAAAACUUAUUGAUCAAAGGGAGAUAAUUUAGGAAAACUUAUUGAUCGAAGGGAGAUAAUUUUAAACGGUGAUUAUAAGUAUUGGGUAGUGUGUACCAUCAUUGUUACCGAGGGAUAACUCGAUGAAUAACAAGUUAAGUUAAUCUAAGGGAGAUAACUGUUGAUGUGUGAUUAUUAGUGAAUUGCGUACCACUAUUUUUAGUUGAUAUUGGUAAACUAUUGUUACUUAAGGAUAUUUUAAAUCUGUUUUGUAUUGUUAAAAUAUUGAUCAAUAGUUAUGAACAUUGGACAUGGAAGUCCAAGGCAAUGUCUGCAUAUCUGUAAAAUUUUAGUGUUUAUACCAAAAUCUUCCUAACAAGCAUAGAAAGUUUAGCAAGAAACUAUAGGUGGAAUAAAGCUAUGGGUAUAAGGACCAUUAAUCGGGUAAUCAUUUUCAGAGAGGUGAGUAGGUAUGCUACAGUAAAGUUUUAUAUGAAUAAAAGGAUGAGUGAAAGUGUGAAUGACUUUUUUUUUUCCAAGGGGAAAAUUAUGAUAUGUGUGUAGCAGAAGUGUAUGGUGUUUUCUGAUUUUCUGAGUGGGAAAUUAAGUAUGUUGAAGUGUAUAAGUACAGUGUCCAGUAGAAUAAUAACAGAGCCAGAAAUUAUGCAGACAGUUAAGAAAUGAGAGUAUAUGCACAUGUUAGCUUUGUUAAGUCAAUUUUGUUUCUGUUUAAAGAUGAGAAUAAUGCAUGUGUUGAUAUCCUGCAACAUGAAUGCAUGUUGGAGUUAAGAAAUUGUAGACUUUGCAAAUUUAUGAGACAAUUUUUUAUCUGAAAUACGUGUCGGACUUAACUUAAGUAAGAGACAUGGAUGAUAUAAAGCAAGGAAUGUUUUAGAAAAUGAUGUUAUGGUCCAAUAAUGUUCGCUACUGUGGCCGAUAAACUCUUCUGUAUAACAUGUAUGUUUGGGUCUACUUUCUUUCCUGUUUCGAAACGUUCAAAUUAUUUUGUGGGUACAAACUUCUGUGGUUAGCACAAAAAGAUAUAUGUAUUACAAUAAUAUAGUCAUGGUUGCAUAGUAACCAUGAAAACAAGGAAAGUUAAUACACAACA